UCAGCCUGGGCGGGGCCGAGGCGCGCGCGCGGCGGCGGGUCCGAGGGGGCGGGUCCGCGUGGCGCUCGCAGUGGCCCGCCCGCCGCCGAGAGGUCACAGCCCCGAGCCGCCGCCGCCGGUGCGCGCCGCAGCCAUGGCCUACUGCCGGCAGGAAGGGAAGGACCGAAUCAUAUUUGUGACCAAAGAAGACCACGAGACCCCGAGCACUGCGGAGCUGGUGGCCGACGACCCCAACGACCCAUACGAGGAGCACGGGCUGAUCCUGCCGAACGGAGACAUCAACUGGAACUGCCCGUGCCUGGGCGGCAUGGCCAGCGGCCCGUGCGGGGAGCAGUUCAAGUCGGCCUUCUCCUGCUUCCACUACAGCACGGAGGAGAUCAAGGGGUCGGACUGUGUGGACCAGUUCCGGGCCAUGCAGGAGUGCAUGCAGAAGUACCCGGACCUCUAUCCCCAGGAGGAGGAGGAGGAGGAGGAGGAGAAGCCGCCAGAGCAGGGAGCGGCCGCAGCCCCCGCGCCCCCCCCAGCCAAAGAGGAGGCGGGGUCGAGCUAAUGACGGGCGCCAGCCCCCCAGGACUCUGCAGAACGCCUCUGGGUCACCCUCCGAGAACGCGUCUCUCCCUCGACUGUUCCGGGCACGCGGAUGUACAAAAUAACUUAUUUGGUGGUUGUCAGGGCCGUUGGCCCCUUUGUCACACACUGGAAAGACACACGGGGUUGUAGGUUCGAGGCUCUCGCCAGCAAACGUGGCUGCCGCUUGGAAAUUCUCGGUCCCGAGUUUGGCCGCCGUGAUGGAGCCCGCCCCGGGCGCGGGGCAGGAAUCAUUCCCCCCUCUCGCGGUGAGCCGCUUCCUUCUGGUUUUUUCUUUCUUUUUCUUUUUUUGAGUCACACCCGGUGAUGCUCAGGGGCUUCCCUGGCUCUGCACUCAGCAAUCAGUCCUGGCAGUGCUCAGAGGACCAUAUGGGAUGCCGGGGAUCGAACCCCGGGUCAGCCCUGUGUGACGCAAGUGCCCUCCCCUCUGUCCUAACGCUCCGACCCCUCCUUCUGAUCCUUAAUGUCACUUGGAGAUUUGCUGCCCCUCAGGGAAAGGAAAUAGAAACAAACACUGUCUCCCUUUGUGCGCGCUGAGUGGUUGUCCCUGGCAGACAUCCGGACCCCCGGCUGGGGGUCCAGCUGGGGGUCGUUUCUCUGCAGCUCCCCGGGCCCGGGGCCAUAUUCCCUGUCCCGGCAACCGUGCGUUUCCGCUGUAACCUCAGGCUUGUUCUCUGCCGUUUGGAAAGUGGAGCUCGAGACCCUUGGCUCUCGGGGAGGGAGAGGCUGGCUCCGACCGUCACCCAGCGCCCCCGUGUUCACACGCACCCCCACGUUUGCGGCGGGGACGAAAGGAGAAGCGGGGGAGAGACGGUGUGAAUUAAGUAUUCGAUAAAAAAGGAAAAACAUGAUCUUCCCCCCCAGCCCCCGGUUUGGGCCUGUGUUCUCUGUUUUGACUAAUUGGAAAAAAUGUUUUUAAUAAAAGAAAAUAAAAGUUACAAACUGUU